UGGGCGACCGCUGAAAGAGCAAGGCGCAGAUCAGAGUUUUUUUCUCCAUCGCAGCACCAGAGAGCCAAGCCGGGACUGCUGACUCCGCACACGUAGCGUACGCAGAGACCGUUUUCCGACGUUCGCCCAGUUUGAUAAAAGAUUUUGUGUUUUAAGUGAAGCCCCUGUGCUUUGUGACAGUGAAAUACCAGUGCGCGAAACCGUUCGUCCAUCGAAACGAAUCGAUAUUUGCUGCAUUUGUUCGCCGAACCGAUUUUGAUCCAAAGUGAAAAAUGGCUGAUAACCCAUCCAGAAUGAAGGCUGACAACAAAAAGAAAUUGAAUGUUGGCAAUCUGCCAGCCGACAUCACCGAGGAGGAACUGCGGGAGCUUUUUACGGACCAUCCGGUUGAAAGUGUGGAAAUUUUCCACUACAAACAGUACACCUUGGCAUUGUUGCUCUUCAAAGAUAAGGAGACGGCAACGAAGGCUCUCAAGGAGAAAGAAAAUUCUGUCUUCCGCGGACGUCGGCUGCGUAUGCACCUUGAGUUCAUCGUCAUUUGUCACAUGAAGAAGGAUGUCUUCGUGCAUGUUGUUGACAAUGAGAAUGUAACGGAGGAGGACGUGUAUGAGAAGUUUAAAGAUCUGGCCAAGGUCCAGUCGGUGGUUUUGUUCCAUCCGCUUGCCUACGUGACUUGCACCAGUCCGGAGGACAAGGAGGAAGCGAUGAAGAAGAUCGUGGAGGCGGGCAUAAACGUGUACGAUUGUAACGGGCACGAUCAGAACCAGCACAUUGACGUGCUGCGCGCUGCCAAGCUGUUCUUCCGCAAUUUGAACCGUGUCCAGAUGUACAACAUUCCCGAGUCCUGGAUCAGCUCCCAAGACGAGCUGAAAAAGGCCGUCGAAAGCUCCGGCACCGUGACCGAGGUGCGCGUCACGACCGGCAACUUUGGGCCGGCCGCGCAAGUUUUCUACGAGACGGCCGACGAGGCGAAGGCCGCGGCCGAGAAGUUGAACCAGCAGCUCUUCGAGGGCAAGCGGGUCCACGCGCAUCACGUUAUUGCCACCAUGAUACCGAACUUCAAGACAAGCGUGUACGUGGAAAAUUUGGACAAAACGAUCACGGAGGAGAUGCUGUACGCACACUUUGAGCAGUACGGCGAGAUUGACUUCGUUAACCGGCGUAAGUUCGGCGACGAGCACGGUAUGGUGUGCUUCAAGGAGGCCAGCUCGGUUGACCGUGCACUCGAGUGCACCACCCUGCCGGUAACAAAGAAGGAAGGGGAAGAGACUACCACGGAGGACAAGACCAUCGUUGUCAAGCGUUACGAUGGUCCGUUGGUUCUGGACAUUAAGCUACCGGCAAUGAAGAAGGGUGCCUCCAGCGAGGAAGGCGAGGAGCAGAAGCAACGUCCGCCACCGCAGCCACUGGCCAAGCUAUGGCCGAUCUACGUCGCCAACCUGCCGUACAAGGCGGACAAGCGCGAAAUCAAACAGUAUUUCUCCAGCUAUGGUGGACACAUUAAGUUUAUCUUCUCGCCGAACAUUCCGUCGUACAAGCAGAGCCAAACGUCCAUGGUGAUGGCCGCGCUCAUCUACUUCGCACGCCGCGAGCAGGCCAACGAAGCGAUCAAAGCAUUCAACGGCAAACACUUCCAGAGCAAGUGUUUGCACGUGUUCCCGGGCCGCAAGGACACCUACUUCGACGUGGAAAAGUCGAUCAAGGUGGUGCGGCUAAAUCUGGCCGUGACCGAGGAGAAGCUGUUCGAGAAGUUCCGCAAGUUCGGCUUCAUCGAGUGUGUGGUGAAGAAGGACCGCACCACGGCGUACAUUGAGUUCCGCGAUAAGGAAAUCGCCGAGAAGGUGCUGAAGCUGGACGAGAAGCAACGGCCGGUGCGAUGCAACGUCGAGGCAGUGACGGGCAAGAUCAACAAAAAGAUCUUCAAAGAGAACGACGAAAAGAUUUCACUCGCUAUGCAGGAAAUCAUUGACAAAAACCCGGCCGUACUGGAGAACGUUUCGUCGGAUCGUUCCAGCGGUCCGCCACCGUUGAAGCGCAGCCGAUUCAGCGGCCCAGCCAACUUCGGCAUGCAGGGACCGCGCAACCAGUUCAACCCGAACAAUGGUGGUGACUUCAGCAAUCCGCAGGUCAUUCAGGAUUUGCUCCGGUUGGCCUUCAUCUCCGGCAAAAAUCUCGGCGAGGGUCUCGCUAUCAGCGGAAACAGCAACCCGUUCAACAGUGGCGAUCCGCCACUACCCAACCUAAACCUUACCAAUGGCUUCGGCGGUGGUAAUCAGCGCAACAGCUUCAACAACUCCAACAAUGGCAACUUUGGCGGUAGCUCGAACAACGCCAGCGGUAACAUGGGCGGCGGCAACCGAAACAACAUGGGCGGUGGCGGCGUUAAUCGCAACUUCGGCCAGAAUGUGGGCGGAGGCGGCGGCGCCAUGGGCAGCGGUGGCUAUGGGCGCGUCAAUAUGGGUGGCGGCUUCGGCGGCAAGCGCUUCAACGGUGGCUCCCAGCAAACGAACCGAAUGGGACAGAACAAUCGCCAGGGCGGUGGAAACCAGAACCGACGCUUCUAAGCCAUCCACACACAUCCAGCAAACUAUAGCAGGUAGUGGUAGCAGUGAACGUCGAUCCACUCACACUCACACAAACAAACACAUACACACACAUACUCACCCUACUACCCCAAUCUAUUAUCCCAUAUUGACUUAAGAGGAGACACCAGCCGACUAUUGCUGCUACAUCACUACCCCAAUUCGGUAGGAUAAGGAGCUGCUGAACUGCGCCACUUGGGGUCUCAUAUGUUGGCCAAAUGCGUCAGGCUCUGUUUUUUUUUAUCUUCCACCACCAAAUGUAUGACGACAUUUCAUCUUUCGGUAGUAGCAUGGAUGGACACUCUGCGCAAUCAUAUUGUUUUUUCAGACGAAGGCGAUGAUCAUACAUUUCAUCGCCUACUGCGAUUGUAUGUACGUGUGUGUGUAUGUGCGUGUAUGUGUAGCAUAGAUCGUUUGAGCGUAACCAUAUAUCGAUCCACGUUUGGCAGGUAGCUGCGUAGAAAAAAGUUUUACCACACAAAUCGUGGUAUUUUUGAAACUACAAAAAUGACACUAUUGGAGAAGAGAAAAGAACCACUUAUUUCGCGUAUGUUUGAUUCUCGGACACACAUUUUAAGUAAUUUGUUUCUCCUUACUAUAUUUUUCGCGAAGGAUAUAUUUUCGUACAUGUGUAGCGAAAGAGGCAGUUUUGAUGCAAUUAUUUUUAUUUAAUUACCCAUCCACAUGCGAUGGAAAUUGUGUAAACAUAAACUAAUUUUCGUGUAUUUUAAACAUGUCUCGGACGUUUUGUGAAGUGGAGCGCUUCCAGCCAGACCUGUUCAUUGUAGUUUUCCGUACGCAAUCCGACAGAUUGGAUUAAAUUAUCUUCAGGGAACAGGCUCCCAAUGGGCAUAUGGUGUUGUUCCAUAGCCGUUUUUUUUAAACAAAAGAAACAUAAGAUAGAGCGAGCAAAUAAAUUUUUCUUGUGCGCGUGUAUGCUACACACUGCUUUUAUUUUUCUUUUCGUUCGUUUCGUCUUCAAAUGUACUGUAAAACUGAUCGUGUCAGUAAACUGGUUCUAUUCAAAUAUCGUGCAUUGCCACAAAACGAGGGCACAUAUAUAAUCAAGUGAAUAGAUAUGUGUGUGUGUUUAAUAAUUGCGCGCCUCCUGGGGCUUGGCGGAGCCACUGGAGCAAACAUGAUUAUUUUUUCAUACAAACGGAAAUACAUUCAUUCAAGAACAGUAAAAAACGAUUAGCCUGCCUAUAAUUGCAUAAAUAUGAUAAACCUAGCAUGAUAUGUAACAGACGCCACCAUUUGUGGAAAUUAAAUAACGGAAACUUAGUAGGAAGUGGCCGCGCUACUACUGCCCAUCCUAGGACGAUGUCCUUUGGUGGUUGUAUGGAAGUGAGCGGAAAUUGAGUUUUGGUAUUUCUAAAACGUGUGUGCACGAUAGCCGCCUUCUCGGAACAUUAAUAGGUAGUGAGCACUACAUCAUGACGUAGCAAGCGAGCAAGCGAUUUAAAAGGGCGACAUUGUUCAUCCUUGUCUGUAGAGUGUGUUUUGUUCUGCGUACCGAAGCGCAUGAAACGAUUCUUGCAUAAAACUUACUCACUAUUUUGAAAUGCAUCCUCGUUCACUGAAAACAAAAACUCGUUGGAUGAACUAAGUAUUGUGCAAGUAAUUUUUAAAUAUACCGUAUCCGACACUAUCGCUAGUCGUGUGUAGUCAGAUUUAGACAGCAAAACCCAACACCUGCAGCAAUGUUUUUGGUUCCCAGUAGUAGUGUGCAAACAGGCACAGAGGCAAGGAGUGGUAUGGUGUGUAGCGUAGCUCAGCAACAAAAGUUGCACUGAGGCAUGCUCAUUCCAGUGUAAUACAAGAAAGAUAUGCAAUAGAGUUAGUUCAGUGUGACCAGUAGUGACAUGCAGGUUAAUUUUGUCCUGAUUAGGAAACCGAGAAACAAGCAAUGAAUAAUUGUAUCUUUUUUUUAAAUGUCCCCAAGAUUGGCGGUGUCUCUGACACAAACACCCGUGGAAAACUGUUCGUUACGCCCAGUGGCUUCAUAUUGCCGCUCCUACUACAUUAAUUUCAGCAGACGGCUCCACUCUGCUAAGGAUGCUCGAAGAGUGUGUGCGUGUGCCGAGCUCGAUGUUUCUGCAUAACAUUUCUCGCAAUAUUCUUCCAUAGAUGGGGAGAAUUUGAUGAAAAAAAAAACAAAAACAAAAAAACAAAACUACUUCUAUUCACUUUUUCUCAACUCUUACAACCGUAUUGUAUAAUUAUAAUCUACUAUUUAGUGUGAGCAUUACUGCAUUCAGCUGUGCAAACUUGGAACGAUCGUGUAUUAACAAAGACAGAUACGAUCCCAGUGGCGCUUCAAACUCUGUAGGCAAUGUGACGCGCGCAGCAUAAAGUGGAAAACGUAUUUUUCGAAAUACAGAACAAAAAAAGAAGCAAAAAGUACUAAAAUAAUAAAGAAAAAAUUGUAAAACCUUAACCCCCCAA